UUGGUUGGCGCGGAAUUGGGAGACUCUGGGACCAUGGCGCCCGUGCACGGCAACGACUGCGAGCUGGGGGCAAGCGCUGUGUCAGAUUCGGGGAGUUUUAUAGCUUCUCGAGCCCGGCGAGAAAAAAAAUCAAAGAAGGGGCGCCAAGAAGCUCUAGAAAGACUGAAAAAGGCUAAAGCUGGUGAGAAGUAUAAAUACGAAGUCGAGGACUUCACAAGUGUUUAUGAAGAAGUUGAUGAAGAACAGUAUUCGAAGCUGGUUCAGGCACGCCAGGAUGAUGACUGGAUCGUGGAUGACGAUGGUAUUGGCUAUGUGGAAGAUGGCCGAGAGAUUUUUGAUGACGACCUUGAAGACGAUGCCCUUGAUGCUAGUGAGAAAGGAAAAGAUGGUAAAGCACACAACAAAGACAAAAGGAGUGUAAAGAAGCCUGCAGUGACAAAACCAAACAAUAUCAAGUCAAUGUUCAUGGCUAGUGCUGGAAAGAAAACUGCAGAUAAAACUGUAGAUUUGUCCAAGGAUGAUUUGCUAGGUGACAUUCUACAGGAUCUGAACACUGAGACACCUCAAAUAACUCCGCCACCUGUAAUCAUACCAAAGAAGAAAAGAUCCAUUGGAGCCUCAGUGAAUCCUUUUUCUGUGCACAACCCCAAGGCAGUUCCUUCAGGAAAAACUGCUUCCCCUGUCUCCAGGAAGGAGCUUCCAUUAACUCCUCUUCCUCUUAAACAUGCUGAAUUUGCUGGAGAGCUGGUGCAGGCAGAGCGGACAGAAGAUGAGCAGGAGUCAGGGGCAAUGGAGUUUGAAGAUGGCGACUUUGAUGAGCCCAUGGAAACUGAGGAGGUGGAUGUGGAGCCUGUGGCUGCCAAGACUUGGGACCAAGAGAGUGAGCCGCUAGAGGGGGUGAAACAUGAGGCAGAUCCUGGGAAAGGGACCAUGUCCUACUUAGGAAGUUUUCUCCCGGAUAUCUCUUCUUGGGAUGUUGAUCAGGAAGAUGACAGCAGUUUUUCAGCUCAGGAAGUUCAAGUGGACUCCAGUCACCUCCCAUUGGUAAAAGGGGCAGAUGAGGAACAAGUGUUCCAGUUUUAUUGGCUGGAUGCUUAUGAAGAUCAGUAUAACCAACCAGGUGUGGUAUUUCUGUUUGGCAAAGUUUGGAUUGAAUCAGCUAAAACCCAUGUGAGCUGUUGUGUCACGGUGAAAAACAUUGAGCGAAUGCUGUACUUCCUUCCCCGUGAAAUGAAAAUUGAUCUAAGUACAGGGAAAGAAACAGGAACUCCAGUUGCAAUGAAGGAUGUUUAUGAUGAAUUUGAUGAGAAAAUAGCAACAAAAUAUAAAAUUAUGAAGUUCAAGUCCAAGAUAGUGGAAAAGAACUAUGCUUUUGAGAUACCUGAUGUUCCAGAAAAAUCUGAGUACUUGGAAGUUAGAUACUCGGCUGAAGUGCCACAGCUUCCUCAAGAUUUGAAAGGAGAAACUUUUUCUCAUGUAUUUGGGACCAACACAUCCAGCUUGGAACUGUUCUUGAUGAACAGAAAGAUCAAAGGACCUUGUUGGCUUGAAGUAAAAAAUCCACAGCUCUCGAAUCAGCCAAUCAGUUGGUGUAAAGUUGAGGCAAUGGCUUUGAAACCAGACCUGGUGAAUGUAAUUAAGGAUGUUGGUUCUCCUCCACUUGUGGUGAUGUCUUUCAGCAUGAAGACAGUGCAGAAUACAAAGAACCAUCAAAAUGAGAUUAUUGCCAUUGCAGCUUUGGUCCAUCACAGUUUUGCGUUAGAUAAAGCACCCCCACAGCCUCCCUUUCAGUCACACUUCUGUGUUGUGUCUAAACCAAAGGACUGUAUUUUUCCAUAUGCUUUCAUAGAAGCCAUUAAGAAAAAGAAAGUGAAGGCUGAGGUUGCUGCAACGGAAAGAACAUUGCUAGGUUUUUUCCUUGCAAAAGUUCACAAAAUUGAUCCUGAUAUCAUUGUGGGUCAUAAUAUUUAUGGGUUUGAACUGGAAGUACUACUUCAGAGAAUUAAUGUGUGCAAAGUUUCUCACUGGUCCAAGAUAGGUCGACUGAAGCGAUCCAACAUGCCAAAGCUUGGGGGCCGGAGUGGAUUUGGUGAAAGAAAUGCUACCUGUGGCCGAAUGAUCUGUGAUGUGGAAAUCUCAGCAAGGGAAUUGAUUCGUUGUAAAAGCUACCAUUUGUCUGAACUUGUUCAACAGAUUCUGAGAACUGAAAGGGUUGUAAUCCCAAUAGAAGAUGUGCAAAAUAUGUACAGUGAACCUUCUCAUCUGUUGUACCUGUUGGAACACACCUGGAAAGAUGCCAGGUUCAUUUUACAGAUCAUGUGUGAGCUAAAUGUUCUUCCACUAGCAUUGCAGAUCACUAACAUCGCUGGGAACAUUAUGUCCAGGACUCUGAUGGGUGGAAGAUCCGAACGUAAUGAGUUCUUGUUGCUUCAUGCAUUUUAUGAAAACAAUUAUAUCGUGCCUGACAAGCAGAUUUUCGGAAAGCCUCAGCAAAAACUGGGAGAUGAAGAUGAAGAAAUUGGAGAUAUCAAUAAAUACAAGAAAGGACGUAAGAAAGCAGCUUAUGCUGGAGGCUUGGUUUUGGACCCCAAAGUUGGUUUUUAUGAUAAGUUCAUUUUGCUUCUGGACUUCAACAGCUUAUAUCCUUCCAUCAUUCAGGAAUUUAACAUUUGUUUUACAACAGUGCAAAGAGUUGCUUCAGAGGCACAGAAAGUUAGAGAGGAUGGAGAACAGGAACAGAUUCCUGAGUUGCCAGAUCCAAGCUUAGAAAUGGGCAUUUUGCCCAGAGAGAUCCGGAAACUGGUAGAGCGGAGAAAACAAGUCAAACAGCUAAUGAAACAGCAAGAUUUAAAUCCAGACCUUAUUCUUCAGUAUGACAUUCGACAGAAAGCUUUGAAGCUCACGGCGAACAGUAUGUACGGUUGCUUGGGAUUUUCCUACAGCAGAUUUUACGCCAAACCACUGGCUGCCUUGGUGACAUACAAAGGAAGGGAG